AUCCAAUAUAAAGAUCAAUGCGAACCCACCACUGGGCAGCACAUGCACAUGCACCAUUAGCUCCCUGUGGGAAUAUUAUCACGGGUUUUCUUCGGUAGCAUUAUGAUGAUGAAGCUGGACCAUGACAAUGCGCGCCGUGUGUGUCUGACGUAGGCUGGCGGAGGAGAAAAACACAGACAACCCUCCAACACUGAGAGAUGGGGGGAGAAGGAAAAUAUAUUUAUAUAUACGUGUGUGUGUGACGGGAGAGAUAGCGGACGGUUGUUUUGAGCAGAGCUCCACACGGACGGAGGCAGAGCAGUGAUGUAUGUACAGCGAGCGGCGGACUGGAGGAUGCACAAUAGAGCAUCUCACACACCGUGUUUAAUUGCGGAUUAGAGCAAGGGGGGAGGAGGAGGAGGAGGAGGACGGGUUUGGGGGGGGGGGCACAACAAGGAAGGCAAGGAGACGGUCUUUAUUAUUAGGAGAAAAGCAGAGAGGGGUGGUGGUGAGGUGAGGAGGUGGUGGGGGGGAGAGAGAGAGACAGAGAGACAACGUGAGCCCGGAGACGGCACAGACCGUGGCGGGGGGACGACGACGACGACGACGGGAGAGAGGAGGACACCGACACCGACAGUCGGCGGCGGCGUCGCUCGGAUGGUGUUGUUGUCGUCGCUCCGGACGCGGCGACGAUGCGGCCACACUGCUGGGUGAUGGUAGCGCUGGCGGGGAUCAUGUCGUACUUCAGCCCGGAGAGAGCCCUCGGAGCCCCGCAGAGGGAAGUUUCUCAGUCCAGGGCUGCAUCCCUGUCUCCUCCACCCUACGUCGUCAUCCUCAUCUCUUGCUCGGGGCUCGUCUCUUUUGUUCUGCUGCUCCUCACCUGCCUGUGCUGUAAGAGAGGAGGAGUGGGAUUCAAUGAGUUUGACAAUGCAGACGGGGAGGAGUGCUCUGGAGGCUCCAGUCCCAUCCAGGAGGACAGCCUGUCGUCAUGUCCUUCCCUCCCUGAGGUCUACACCUUACCAGUCAGGGACAGGCCCAACUGCCCCAGCAUGCAGGAUGGAGCAGACUCUAAGUCUCAGUGCUUCAAAAGACACACUUUAAACUACCUUCAGGAGAUAGGAAAUGGUUGGUUCGGAAAGGUUAUCCUGGCUGAAGUGCUGUGUGACUGCAGCUCCUCUCAGGCCGUGGUGAAGGAGCUGCGUGUCAGUGCCAGCCCUCUGGAGCAGAGGAAGUUCUUGGCUGAGUCAGAGCCGUACAGGAGCCUUAAACAUCCCAAUAUCCUUCAGUGUUUGGGGCAGUGCAGUGAGAACAUCCCUUUCCUUCUGGUCAUGGAGUUCUGCCAGCUGGGUGACCUGAAGAGGUAUCUGCGAGCCCAGCGCAAGUCAGAUGGCAUGACUCCAGACUUGCCGACCCGGGAUCUGUUGACUCUUCAGAGAAUGGCUUUUGAGAUCACCUCAGGCCUGCUGCAUCUCCAUGAAAACAACUACAUCCACAGUGAUUUGGCUUUAAGAAACUGCCUGCUGACCUCAGACCUCACUGUUAGGAUAGGAGACUACGGCCUUUCACACAACCACUAUAAGGAGGACUAUUACCUAACUCCAGACAAGCUAUGGAUCCCACUACGCUGGAUUGCUCCUGAGCUGCUGGAAGAAUACAGAGGAUCUCUUAUUGUUACUGACCAAACCAAGACCAGCAAUGUGUGGUCCCUGGGGGUGGUGAUAUGGGAGCUGUUUGAAUUUGGCUCUCAGCCCCACAGACACCUGAGUGACGAAGAGGUGCUGACCUUCGUCAUUAGGGAGAGACAGAUCACACUGGCGCAGCCCAGACUCAAACUCUCCCACGCAGACUACUGGUAUGAGAUCAUGCAGUCUUGCUGGCUACCUCCAUCUCAGCGCCCCUCUGUUGCCGAGAUAUUCCUCCUCCUCUCCUCCCUCCUGGCCGCUGAGCGAGGAAUGGCGAGGGGGAGUGUCGGGGAAGAAGAUGAAGAGGACGAGGAGUAUGAGGAGGGCAGGGGGAGGAGAGGGGAGAGCGAGGAGUCGUUUGAAAGACGCUGGGACUUACUCCGUCCGCCUGCCUUCCAGACUGCAGCAAAUGAGCGACAAAGGGAGAGAGAGUACGGCAGGGAAGACAGGGACAACUCCUACCCCCUGCUGGAACUUCUGUGUUCUGGGAACUGUAUCACUCCAUCGUCAUCUGAACUGGAUGACAUCCUGACAGUCACUGAAACCAGCAAAGGCUUGAACUUUGAGUAUUUCUGGGAGAAGGCUCACGCCAGACGAGGCUACAAACCUCUUCCCCCUCCUCAGCCAAUCCCGACUGUCAAUAAUAACCACAGACAGUCCUUGGACACUCCCACUGUGGUCCCUGUUAUAAGCGCUCGCAGCCCCUCCCUCGCCAGCGAGUACUACAUCAGGUUAGAGGAGCACACUCCCCAGGACAAGUCGCCAUCUCUUAAAGGGAAGGCACAGUCCUCUUUCCGCUCUGACUCGACUUGCCCCGGAGACAUGGAGUUGGUGGAAAUUUGCAGCGGGAUGCUGGGAAAAGAGCGAGUCCCUUACUGUUCCUCCGACAAGUGUGGGAAGGGCCUCCAGACCGUCAGAUCUAGCGAGGUUCAGCUCCAGGUGCCGAACACAGGCGUGGCUGAGUUCAGAGACACUUCAAGCAGAGUGACUGACUUCUCUGUAGUCGAUUUAGGGGACGACGAUGAAGAGGAGAAGAAGAGGAGCAGCGAGGCAGAUAAAAAAUCAUCAAGUUCUCAAGCCCCAGUCCUCCCUCCCAAGCCUCGCUCUAUGUCCAUGUCAUCAGCCAACCACCUUCACUCGCGCCCCCUCCCCGCCCCUCCACUCGGAUACAGAGGACUGCCUCACUACACCAUCAGUGGAAAAAUCGAGACGGAUCCACAUCACAUGAGCAGCUGCCCACCUUCUACCUUUGAUCACCUGGGGCUCCAUCGCUCCCGACAGACUCUACCCCCAUCCCCGUCCCUCUCCCCCUCCCUUCCACCAUCGAGCCACCCCAUUUACCCCCAGCCUCCUCAGAUGUGUCCCCCACCUCUCCCUCCCCACUCCAAACCACAAAGGAGCUGCCCCAGCUACAGCACAGCCGAAGCCUACUCACGAUACAGUAAGCCGCAGAUACAGAGAUCCAAUAGAGACCCACUAUCCUGUGACCUGUCUGACAGAGAGGGUGUCACCAGGCAUGCAGCAUCCUUGCACAACUCCAAGGAGACUUCUCAUUCACGUGCAAAAGACUUUGACUCCCCCAUUCGCAGAGAAAACCCCUUGCGGCCCAUUUAUCGCAAUCUACCCCGCCCUCAGCCCGCAGACCCCCAGAUGGAAAGGCAGUCGUCAUCCAGCCCCACCUACUCGGACGAGGACGACUCUCCCUUCAUGUCUCCUGAGAGACCCAGCCCUGGGACUACUGUCACUCACUCCAGCCUCUCUGAAGAUGCAGACCCAGCCACCGCUGAGCUCUUCUACAGGGGAAUGAAGAGGACUCAGUCACGCCUUGACACCAUCCUGCCCGCCAUUUGGAAGGAAGAUGCCGAACUUCAGGCAGAACGCGUGGCCGCAGCCAAAAAAUCCCCCAUGCAUCUGUUUCUGACGGAGAUAUCUACUGUGACUGAGACUAGUGAGCCCAAGUCAGAGGUUUCGUGGGAGGGGGAGAAGGAAGAGAAAAGAGAUGGAGAGAGAUGGGGGAAUUUUGUGUUGCCCAAUAGAGGGAUGCGCCGCUCGCAGUCGCUGAUCACUGAGCUGGGCUCAGCAGGAAAGUCGUGGGUGCCAGAGAAACACGUCAACAGAACAGGAGCCAAGGAGAGCUACACAGUUACUAAAGAAUCAUUCCAGAGGGAACUUUUCCUCACAGAGAUUGACACAGGAAGGAUGGACGUGGAUGUGGACGGAGGAUCAGAAAGUGACCCAGUAAAAUACCUCUAUCCUGCAGGUUCCAGGCUGCGGCCCUACGUCUGCGCUCCAGGCCUUCCGUCAUACACAGAGGCCGAGGAGGCUUAUUCAAAGGGCAUACGGAGGUCCCGUUCCCUCCUUUCUGAGAUCACCAUCAGCAAGCAGGAGACUGAACCACAGCAGACUGAGAAGGAGGAGAAGCCACGGAGAACUGAGAUGACUAGGGAAGAGUUCCUGAAGGAGAUCCAGUCGGCAGAGACCUUCCUGACUGAAAUCAUAUCAAGACAAAAUGCUGCAGCAAACAGGAAAGAAGCAGAGUCGGCAUACUCCCCUACGCCGCUAUCACCUGAAUACGAGUCCAUAUGCAUUGACCCAACCUCUGCUCAGACCAUCAGAUUUCAGUCAGAGAGCUCCAUUCGAGCAUCCAGCAAAGGCAAAGAUGAUACACAAACUGAGGCCAUCUACGCCCAGGUGACCAAACGUGCUAAAAAGAGUGAGAUAAAGGUUUCCAUGAAACCUGAAAUCCCGAUACUUCACAUAGGAUCAAACAAACAAAAUCUUAAACUGGACAGCCAAGGAAACAAUGCUGACCACUGCCAAUCUGGUGAGUUUGUGUUUUCAGAAAUCAUGCCCAAAAAUGGUUUACUGCACAACCAAACACUCGCAUGUCAGAAAGAGGAGGAGGAGUGUGCGGACGGACCUGCCUUACCUGCCAGAGGAGAGCAAACAGAUCUCUCAGAGGAGUCUCCCACUGAAUCCUCUGAGAGUGUUAAAGAAUCCAGCACUGUGAUACUGCGUGAGAACAAAUCGCUUUUUACAAAUGAAACAAAUACUGAGAAGGCUGCUGUUAUAGGGAAUGGUGAGAUAAUGAAAGGAGACCGACAGGCCACUAGUCCUGAGAAAGGAGACCAGAUAUAUGGAAAGACUGAUACCACAACAUAUGAUGCUGAGAAAGAAACAAACCACUCGGAUAAAGUUUGUCCAGCUGAUUUGGAGAACUCUAAAAAUUUAGGUUCUCAAAAUGACAAUGAAAGCUUUGCAGAGACGAAAAGAGAAAAUUUACUACAACACAGUGACAGUGGUCAUAUUGCCCAAAAGGCUGCCACUCCUGCCGCUACUCCAACCACUCCAGACUGGGACCCGUCCUCCGACGUCUCACUUGUCACCCCCACCGACUCUGUCCUGUCACCUAUGACUUCCAGCUCAGCCGACUGCCUCACACCUAGUGACUCAUGGACAGGAGGAGGAGGAGGAGGAGGAGUGGGAAGCGGUGGGUGGCGAGCUCUGGGAAAUGAAACGCCACAUCGAGACUCUGCCUACUUUUCAGACAGUGACUGGGAGGGGGACGGGAUGAAUAGGAGGAGCAGUGACGGACUUAUCACCUCUAGGCCAAGCAGUGGUCGAGGAGGGGACCGGGGAACACUGAUGGGCAUUGAGGAAAAAACUGAGGAGGAGGGAGAGCUGGGGGAAAAGAGCCCCUUAAGGAAUAGUACACAGAUGUCAGAUAAAAAAGGUGAAACUGGAGAACUGUGUGAAGAGAAGAGUAUGACAUAUCAAAAUGCUCCUGAAAAUGACAUCUCUCAUGACGACAAAGAUAUUCUAAGCGAAGGGCUGGAGUCAACACAGAGAGAUGAUUCUGGCAUUUUCCACAGCGAAAGCAAAAAGUCAACACUGCUGUGCGAUGAUCCCCAGGCCAAGGACUGUAUUGACUUAAUUGAUAAGUUGUUCUCAAAAUUAGAUGAUGAGCCACUAAAAGGGAUGCCGCACAGUGGUGGAUAUCCGAUUGACAACCACUACACAGAUGGCAUCAUCUCUCAGAUAACAGAUUGCAGAUACCAGGACUCUGCAGAUAAUGACUUAGAGUUACACUCCAAGAGCCUUGCUGAGACAAAUAUUUUGAUCAAGUCUGUAUCUGGCAGUCAGUCAAAAGAAUGCAUGUUAAGACCAGGCAUUAAAGAUUACACAAGUGUUACAGAGACAGAAAUUGAUUUGUCUGCAAUGAAUUCCCUCAAAUAUGGAAACAACACUGUGGAAACUGUGGCACCAUCCAAAGUUGCCAACGGAGAGUCCAGAUUAUCUAAACUGUACGGCGUUCAAACCAGUAAUGCCACACUCAUAGAUGAAACGCCAUCAGUAGUCGAGCCAAGCGAUGAUGGUAAGUCUGUCAGUGAUAAAACAGGUGGACUGACGUGUCCGUCUUGGGCUCAGGGGGGUGUCGAAGAGCCUGAGAGAUGUGAAGAGAGGCCCAGUCUAGACCAUAACGAGCUGGGCCUGAGAAACCUCUGCUGUGAGGACAGCAGCGGGAACAAGAAGAUCACAGCAGAGAUGGAGAAACAGCUGGUCGCCGCAGAGGUCAGUAACGCCCUGAAGGAAAAGUCACCCCUGAGAGGAGCAGCGAGUGGGAUAGACUCUGCUAACAACACGGAUAAAGACUCCUAUGAGGGGCUGGACAUGAAAACUAAAGAGCUAUGGAGUGCUCUGGAGGAGGAUGAAGAAAGACCGGGAUCUGGUGUGAUUAGUGGAGAGUUUGACUGCCACCGUUUUUCACAAUCAAGGGACUUGCACUUGUGGCCUGAUGAAAAUGACCAGUGGGCCUCUCCAGAGAAGAGGUGCCAAGAUAGCGACCUCAGAUCUGAGUUUUUCUCUGGGUUCAGUAGUAAGGCCUGGGAGGUGGGCGAGAGGCUUGUAGUGGGUCAGGAGUUUUGGGAAGCUGAAGAAAACGAUGAACUUGCAGGAAGUGAACCUCACCCUGCCAUCUUGGAGGGUUGUGAAGAAACAUGGAACAAUGAAACACAAGGACUAACCAGUAAUCUCAGCACACAGGAAAAGUGGGACUCUGAGGAUGGUGAUAACCAACAAACUACACAACACAUACAACAGGAGGAAAACAUUGAGAAUCUGGGAGAAAUUGACAGUUUUAACAAAGACCCCAAAAGAGAAAUCUCAGACAUUGAAGUGGAGAAUAUAGAAAUCCCAGAGCGGGAGACCUUGGAGCAAGGAGAGAGGCAGAUUUCAUCAUGCACAGAGACAGACAGGGACAGGGAAGGUCGGCUAGACUCCACAGAGACGGAGGAGAAUCAAAAUUUUAACAGAUGGCCUCAGAAUCACCUCUGCAAGAUCCAAGGGGAAGAGCAGACAUCAGCUGAACAUGUUGACAAAGAAACAGGCUCCAAUUUAGAAAACUACUUCAGUCACACUCUGGAGAAUAAAUGCACAAAUAUAUCUAUCUGCAUCACAGAAGCUCCUCAUGUGAACUUUUCAGACCUAGAAAAUGUUGAAUCAGGCUUGGAUUCAGAGGCUGAAACAAGACCAUGGCUUUCCAGGCAGCAUAUAGAAGAAAACAUGAGCAUUAUGAAUGCAGAAGAGAAUUACAGAGAGCUGCCUCCUCCAUCAAAUCCUAUCUCUUGUUCCAGUGACCUUGAUGCACAAGAGGAGAUAGAUCCACAGGUAGACAAUUUCAGCUCAGUAGAUUUUCCAAGCCCUCCACCGAGCAUAGACCUUGAUGUGCAAGAUGAUAAAUUGGAGAGUUUAGACGACUCUUUUCCUAGUCCACCACCAUCUGUUAUAGAGGCAGAGGAGUUUAUUAGUCACAUUAAUCUGGACGACUUUAUUGCUAGCACCGAGACAGAGCCGUAUAUUUCCCCUACUCACAACACAGAUGUCUCAGAGCCACCUCUGCAAGAAUCACCACCUGCUACAACUCAGAGUAAAGGGAUCUCGGCCAAUCUGAACCUCCCCUCUGUGCAUAUAACCCUGCAUGAUGAGAGCAACCUUACAUCCAGCAGUGAAAGUCAGGAUGAACACAGCAACCUGUCCCAGAAAACAUCACCUACCAUCCCAUCCUCACCCCAAGCUCCCCUCAACAAUCUCCCAGAAUUAUUGAUUUCUGAGUGGAAAGAUUUAGAUGAGGAGCCCCUGGAAGAUUUUGAGAAACUGGAACAAUUAUGCUGCAUAUCUGGGGAUGAGGAGGACACUCUUGGGGAGCUUUUCUUGGGGAACCUAGAGCUCCUGGAGUCAUUGAAGAAAACACCAGAUCAAAAAGGUACCAGUGCUGGCGACAGUGAUACAGGUGGGGAGGUAUGUGGCUCCUCUACUCCUCAGGGGAGCAUGGUGGAUUUGAAGGAGGACGGGAUCUCUGAUAACUCUGAUAAGCUGGGGGAGUCUGUACCACCCAUGAUCCUGGAUUCCCAAGACAGGCUGUCACCUCAAGAGGAGAGGAAUGACAUGCUGAGAUCAUCAGGCCAAACAUCUGAGGUCAAAGACCAAGGAUCUCUCUCUAAGAUGACAACGAAAAAUGGCCUCAUGAUGCAGGUGUGCGAGGAGAGGCUGCAGUUCUCCCUCAGUGAAAACGUGAAAACAAAUGUGCUUUGGGGAUCGACUGUUAAAGACUCCGUAAUGCUUCGGCCCUGGGGGGAACAAAUCACAGAGAGCAGUGAGCUGGUCGCUGUGAAAGAACAAAAAGAUGAUGGAGGUCAAGAGGAGCAGGAAAUUGUCCCCAGCAUUCAGCCCCAUAUCAAGUCUGAUGAAACUAAAACUGAGCCGUUCACUGUGAUUGAACAACCUGAGGUUCCAACACCUCAGCCCACUGCAAACCAGGCGAUGAAAGCAAAAUUAGCUCGUCUGUCGCUCGCCCUCCCUCCUCUCGCUCUGACUCUCCCCCUCACCCCGACCGGUAAAGGAGGAUUUGGGGACGGGGCAAUUGGAAAUCGGAUUGGAAGGCGGAGAGGUCUGUCUUCGGGGAGUGACCCAGACGAUGAGGAGGAGGAUGAGCAGGAAGAUGAAAGCUCCCGGAGGGUGAUUGUUGUCACAGAAACAGACGUGGACAAACGUGUCGGGCUGAGGAGUCUGCUGAAGUCACCCAAGGAACCGAUGGAUAGAGAAAAGGACAGAGGACGAAAUGUGUCCUUUUUUGAUGAUGUCACAAUCUAUCUUUUUGAUCAGGAAACUCCAACAAAUGAGUUGAGCACGUCAGCACCCACCAGUCCAGGUUCAGUGUCUGUCAAAAGUACCAAGUUGGAUUUGCAUGGGCCAAACAUCAAAAGUAAAGAAUCAAGAAGGAAAGAGGAUUUAUCAAUCAAACCAAGGUCGCCUGUGGGGGCCAAUCCAGUGACAUCAUCGCGCUUCACUGUCAGCCCCGCCGAUGACCCUCACUUGGUGUGACACUUGUGUCACAUGUCAUCGUGGGAACGUUUAGAGCUCAAUCCUCUUGGACUGGCCACUGAAGUAACACCAACAACCAGCCAUUCACCCAGAGGCUAUUUUUUUAUUGAAUAGGCAACUGAAAGAAUGAGACUCCCGUUCUAAAAGCUGGACACAUUCCAGGUUUUACCAGCGACAGGAUUUUGUAUGACAGGGGCUGUGUGCUCCUGCCUGCCAUUGUUUACAGAGUUUAUUCAUAGCCUUCGGCUACAAGAAGUCUUUGGAAAAGGCAGCAUAUGCUACGAGAAGAGGAGCCUGGAGCUUUGUAAAAUCUGAAACAGAUUUGACAGCUAUGCAGUGGGAGUCUUGCUGUGUACCAGCUUACCUUCUUUUUUCUGCUUCAUUCUGUUGUAUUAUUCCCCAGAUGUGCGGGGAAUGCACUUUCUUUAGUCAUACAUCUGUCUCUGUAAAAGCUUGGAUUCCAGUCCUCUCUUUGUUAAAGAAGUUGUUCAUUGCAGUCAGUCAGUUGUUCUUGUAGGCAGCAGUUUGGAACAGAAAUUGCUUGACUCCUGUAUUUGAGAAUACUCAUUUACAUUUGUACAAAUAUCAUAAUACAAGUGUAUACAAUAUCAUUUUAGAGCUGUUUACUUUUAGAUGUAUUCUUAGACUGCACGGAAAAUGAAACAAGCUAUGUUUCUAAAUACUUUUAGUUCUAAAAGCUUUCUCUUAUAUUAUUUAUCAUAUAUUAUUUUUAUUCAUUUAUGUAAAGCCAGUAUCCAUGCAAUAUUUUAUUUAUUUUGUUAUUUAUUUAUUCAUUUACUUAUUUAUUAAUCAAUUUAUUUAUUUGCUUUUGUGCAAUUAACAUAUAUAGACUUAGCUAUAAUUUGUUUGGGACAGAAUGCAUCUAGGUUAUAUCUUCUCUAAGAUCUUCAUAACAAAUAAAUCAAGAUAUUUUCCCAAACGUCUUAAUUGCUAAAAAAAAAAGAAAAAAAAGUAUUUUGUAUAAUUUUACUUGUUAAUAUAUGCCAAUCUGUAUGGAACUAUGUCCUGUAAUGUUUCAUUAUUUUCCAAUGUCUAUGAAUUUUUAGCUGUCUUGUCAUUCUUUUACCUUCUUUAAUGACAGUUAAUGUAGCUUAGCAUGAAAAAUCGAGCCUCUCAUCAGUAAAUAACUCCAUUUGUUUGUGUAUCUGUUAAUUUAUGCCAUUUUCUACUAAUAACUCCAUCAUGCAGUCGAGGUCCAACUAGUCCAUUUGUUUAGUCUGUUUAAAUGUUGGUUUAAAACCUGUAUUGUUUAAAGAAUGGUUUUCAAGGGAUAAUGUAUAAAUAAGGGGAAAAUAAAAACUACAAAAUGUGAA